AGAGCAGUUUACUCACACUCCUCACACACACACUAUAGAAGUGAAGCUGCAGCUCUGUUCAUACAAGCUAACCAUCAAUGACUAUACUGCAUCUUCAGUCCCCCCCACAAGCUGGCCAGGAUUGGAGGGAAGUCUCAUUUAUCACUCAUUUCUAAGCAGGGCUGCUAGUGAUUAAGGCUGCAUUUGGAAGAAGCAGCAGCACACAAUCUCAGGAGCUGAUUAUUGAAUCCAGACCUGGAUGUGCAGUGUUGCAAUGUGGUGACCCCCUGGGGGGUGUACAUGUGUGACCCAUUGAAGGGGGCUGUGCCUGAGCUCAGAGUCUUGGUCAUCUAUUCUACAGGAAACAAUCUAGAGAACACUAUAUGCACAGCCAGAGCCUGGCAACUUCCAAGGAGGAUAAGAGGAAAGCCAUCAUUAUCUGACAAAGGGUUUAGUGGCUACAGACAAUUUGUCACAAUGUAGAAGAUUCAAGUGUCGGCUGGAAAGCGCUGUCUUCUCUUUUCACAUUGGAGUGGUGAACCCAAUGAGUCCUCCUCCCUCUGCCACUGCCCAUGCUGGGCUCCAGAGAAUGGGGAGCAGUAGCUCCACUUUUACUACAACCAACUCGCUGAUUAAAAUCUGUAGAGAUCACAAGGGAGGAAUUAACUGGAUGAGCUUGAGCCCCGAUGGGUGUCAUCUGCUGACUGCCAGUGAGGAUUGCACGGCCCGUCUAUGGAGAACAUCUGACAAUCAAUGCUGCAGGUUGCUGCAAGGACACAGCAGCUACAUCACCUUUUGUCAUCUGGAGAACGAGGUGGCGUUCACAUGCAGUGCAGACCACUCUGCGAGAAAGUGGGAAGUAGCAACAGGACAGUGCCUGACCGUGUACACAGGACACACGUCCAUUGUUAAUAGGAUUCUAGUCAGCAGGAAUUUGCUCUUCAGUGGUUCUUAUGACCGGACAGCUCGUCUAUGGGAUGUAGACUCUGGCAGAUCUCUUCAGGAGUUUCAGGGUCAUAGAAACUGUGUGUUGGCCUUAGCUCAUUUCUCAUCCAGCGAUAUCCUGGAAGCAUCCGACAUGGAAGGGAAGGAAGUGAAGGAAUUUCUGGUGACUGGGAGUACAGACUGCACAGUGAAAAUCUGGGAAGCCUUCAGUGGUUGCUGCCUCCAGACCUUACGGGGACACGUAGGAGCCAUACUGUGUAUUGUGCUGGAUGUCCCCAACAAGGAACUGUUUUCAGGAAGCACAGACUAUACCAUCCGAAAGUGGAACAUGGUCACAGGAGACCAACUGAAAGUGUUCAGAGAUCACCAGGGAUCUGUUAUCUGCCUGGAGAUGGUGGGACGACACUUGUAUUCUGGGAGUGUGGACCGAACAGCGAAAUGCUGGUUGCCUGACACCGGUGAAUGCGUCCGGACAUACAAGUCUCACAAGCACAGCGUUAGCACUUUGAAAUACCAUGCUGGAAUAUUAUUUACAGGAAGUGGUGAUACUUGUGCAAGGGCAUUUAACACAAGGACCGGAGCUUUGCAACAAGUCUUCCCAGGACACACAUUCAUCAUAAACUGCAUUCAGAUAUAUGACAAUGUUUUAUAUACGGCUUCUCAUGAUGGAACUCUUAGAGUCUGGGAUAUAAAAGAAAUCUGCUCGCAGACCAAGCACCAGAAGAAGACCUCAGUGCGGAGUAAACUCUCUCAGAAGGGAAGCUUGCCUCACAUUUUCCAUAAUAAAGUAGGCUGCUCACCAGAGGAGAAUGAUGACUGUGAACCAGUAGAAUUACUAUAAAGGCUGGAAGACUUUUUAUUCUAGCAAUACUGGAACUACUUCAAUAACUGCCCACAUGACUGCUAUAGGACCCUGGGACAAAUCGGGGCCAAAUGAAAUAUCAGUGUGAGUCUUUCCUUUUAUAGGUCUGCUUUGUGCUUCUGUACAGUACCAUAACCAGGGGUCAAGUCCUGGGAAAAAAAGUGUGGGAACUCCCACCCAAGAUCCACUCCCCCACCAAAAAAAAAUUA